AUGGCAAUCUCCACGCGCGAGCGCUUCGUGCGCACCCUCAUGGCGCUCGUCCUCACAGUCAUCGUCAAGACCCACGACCUUGCCCACCAUGUCCUCAUCCACAGGGCAGUCCACAUUGGAUACUCGUACGUUUACCUAUUUCUGCUUCCCGUUGACCUGCUCAUCGCGAGUGCCUUGCACCUUGCUUGGGUAUUUUUCACUGUGAUCUGGGGCUAUCUCCUCGUAAGCAUCUCUACCAGUUUUCCCCUUGACUUGGACACGGAAGCCGCCAAGGUCAGCACCGAAAUAUUGACAGGAAUAUACUAUGCAGUCAGGUGUGUCUGUGUCGUGGAGCUUUUCCUCGAGUGCGUCGUCGACGCCUUGCUCGACAUUCGGAACAAGCUGCUCGAGCUGUACAGCACAAGUUCCAUCGGCCUUCGGAUCCUCUUCUGGGUCAUUCUCCUCAACUGUAUCUCGGUGUACAAAAGAUGUUUGGAUGAGUUCUGA